CAAACGACAGGGAGAGGGUGGCCUCAAAAUAAUGAGUGAGUGGCGGGAUGUCAUUAUUCUGCACGGACUUCGAGCCUUCCCAUAUGUUGGUGGAAAAUCUCAGGAUUUUCCCAAUGUUGUUGCAAAAACAAUUUUUGCAUCACAAAAAUGGGCCAUGAUCCGCAAAGAGUUCACUACCACUGCCUUGACCUGUGGCUUGGUGGCCGCGAUCCGGUGUUGUGUGUAUUUGCCGCCGAUGGCUCACUUUGCAGAGGCUCGGGAGCUGAUGACCCCAAGGCGUAAGGUGGUGGCUGUCGGGCUCAGAAUAGAGGCAGGGCUGGAGCUGGCAAUGCUCGGAGUCAGACGUCUCUUUGACACCUACCGACAAGACCAUCCCGACCCCAAACUGGUCAAAGUGGCCAAAGCCUCCAGUCUCUUCAUUUACUCUGUCAAAUCAUGCAAAGGAAUUCCCUUGACUGAGGUGGAGGUUGAUGAAUCAGGAACGAGGAAGGGCCCGAUGAAGGACAGGACACUGCCUCUCAGGACAUCUUUGUUUGUGAUCCUAAAACACCAGUAGAAGACACAAGAAACAUUCAAGGAAUAACGAGGAAACAAGGGUCUCGGGAGAACGAAGAACUAAAAAGAAAUCAGUAUAAGUAAAGAAAUAGUACUGAAGAAAUUAAUGGGAC